AACAUUCCUUCGCCCCCUUCGCCGUUUGUCGCGGAUGUACAUGAGGAUGGGGUUGUAAAAAAAAAUGCCGCCUUUUGGAUGGCGGCCACUUUUAGCACUGUGAAACAGAUUUAAUUAUCAUAUAAUAGCAUCUCAUUCACGAGUGAUCUUCAUGCUUGGUUGGCCGUUUUUUGGGGAAGUUUAAGAUCGUCCCUGGGUGGUCUAAGUUGGUAGCCGAGGAUCAUGUGAAACUGUCCAACAAUGGUAUUGGUAUGGUAUUGACCAAUAGCUACGGUGGUGGUUGUACAUGUAGCCAUGAUAAUGCUUGUAGUGGUGAUAACGGGAAUGUCGCCCAGACAAGCUCAUGAGAAAUUACAUGAUCUAUUUAGACGGUUUAAGUUGUAAUUUUAGCUCAUUUUCUUGGUGCUUGGGUAAAGACAACAAACCACAUUGUUGACGUAGUAGACGGAAUUCCGUGAUGUUUGGGUUUUUUUCAUAAAAUUACCACCCUUCAUCGUUACCACUACACGAGCAGAUCGUCUGACUGUUGAGAUUACACCAAUGUUCCAACAUCGAUCAAGCUCCCGAGCCAGUUAUGAUUUAUAGCUCUGCAAGUGUGGCGCUGACAUUGCAGAAGAACUCUGAACUGCUCUCGCGGUAGACAACUGCUGCUGCCCGGGAGUAACUGCUAGCACAGUAUCAAGGUCGGCAGUCUUGCCACUAAGGCUAAACGGAAUUAAAAGAGGGCUCAUUUAAAGUCAGCCCACUCCGAAACGACGACAGGCGCCUGCGGGUGACGAACCUAUCCAGGGAGAUCGUCCGCUACGAUCGUCAGUUUUGAUCGACAGUGUGUUCGCGGCAGGUGUAAAAGUGACAAGUGACAGUGUUUCUUAUCUGAGCUGCAAAGGGCAUUAAUCGCAAACGGGUAGAUACAGCUCAGCGAUGCAGCUACUUGUGAUCGUAUGGGCGAUACUAUUUAUCAGGGAUUACCGUGUGCUCGGUGAAAAUGCCUUUAUCGACAGUGAACCAGAAGGAUACUAUGAGCGUAAAUCGUUAGUUGGUAAUGUUCGGAACAUGGUGAUUGGUAAUUUGAAAUGAUUGUUACGUGACUAACGUGUGAUCCGGUUCAUUCCAGAUUGUCCCAGCCGGUUCUACAGUGAGGAUGUAUCGAGUGCUCUAGGGUUCUUCAUUUUUGGAGGACGUCGAGCUUUUCUGAAAGAGUUUCCUCACAUGGCAGCGAUCGGUUGGACGGACAAGAAAGUCUCCCCUCCGGUGGUGCAGUACAAAUGUGGGGGUUCAUUGAUAGCUGCAAAAUAUGUUCUAACUGCUGCACAUUGCAAAGUGGAUGAUGACAAAAUUCCACCAGACACGGUACGUCUUGGUGAUACAAAUUUGGCCACCGUAGAGGAUGAUGAUACUGCACAGCAAUUCAACAUCGUUAGUUUUACCGUGCAUGAGAAGUUUAAGAAGUUCCGCAAGUACUACGACAUCGCCCUGAUUGAGCUAGAUCGCGAGGCUAACUUUAACACCGCCGUGUGUCCUAUUUGUUUGUGGCCGCUGGAUAAUCUGAACGAGUAUAGUGCAAGUUUGCGAGCAAUUGGCUUUGGAUCUACCACCUACGCAUCCGGCAUGAGUCCAACAUUGCAGAAAGUCUCACUGAAUUACUACGAUUCAGAAUCCUGUAACAAUGAACUGCCAAAGGAUGCUCGGCUACGGUACGGUCUGACUUCCGAUCAGUUCUGCACGAAAACUCCCCACAAGGAUGCAUGUUUGGGAGAUUCUGGUGGACCGCUGCAGAUAGACUUGUCCGAUGUGAGCCGUACCAUCCCAUACCUUACGGGCGUCGUAUCAUUCGGGACAGGAUGCUGGGAUGGGUCGCUGGGCGUGUAUACGAAGGUGUCGAGCUACAUCGAUUGGAUCCGUGAGCGGGUGAACGUGACAACCGAUCCGAUUGAGUGUGCCAGAAAUACGGAGUGUCUACCGGCGAGACCGUUUUCCGACAGUCGGCUGAGCCCGCAAAACAAUUCACCAUUCUUUAAGGUUAAUCUGCGCAAAGCUGAUAAUAGUUCCUUUCAUCAAUGCACCGGAGCACUGAUCGACUACCGGCAUGUGAUCACAUCGGCCACCUGUGCCAUACAUAACAAUCAGCAACCAACAUUUAUCGAGGCAAACAAUGAGCUGGUAGAAAUAAACAACAUUGAUGUACAUCCAAAGUAUGUGGCCGGUAAAAACUAUCACAACCUGGCGGUGCUUACGCUGGGAAAGUUUUACAACCCGAACAAAAUCUACCAAAUUAUUGCACCGGGAUGUAUCUGGAAGGAGGAACGAAUUACCGAUCCGAUUGUAUUCUUUUCCGGCUAUGGUCCGGAGGUAAAGAACCAACCGGAAGAUAUCGCAAAGAAUGUGUCGCUCAAGGUACUGGUAGCGCUGGUUACGGAAAAUGGACGCUGCGAAGCGAACGAUGCGUGGAAAGUGAACAGUACGCUUUGGACAGGAUUUAACAGUGACUUCCUUUGCACGUACAAUCCGAUCGAUCUUGUACCAGGGAUCUGUAAGCUUGAACCUGGCGGUGCCGUAUCAAACUUCCGGCGGGAUAAUAUCGUACCGUACGUAUACGCUGUCAACACGAUGGAUGAAGAGGAAUGUGGCGGGGCUCAGAAUCUUUUCGUUGCGACACGUCUUUCACCGUUCUAUGACUGGAUAGAGUCCAUUGUUCUGAGACACUUACCCGAAAAUGAUCCAAUUUUUACGUCUAUCCGUUUUGGUGACGACGAAUUCGAUGAGGAGAGUUCUAGUAGCAGCAACACUACCACGUUAAACAAUCUCCAACAUCAAAAUCGUAUAGUUCCGGUUAUUCUUUCAGAUGUAAUAACAAACCACCUAAAACCUUAUGGAAGUGAUUUGAUGAUCAACAAACCUCUCACUACCAAAGUGAACAUGCGUCCAUUCCGGCCAUUUCCUUACAAGCAACCAGUAAUUCAUGUACCACCAAAUUCAAUCCACAAUAAUGACCUACACAUCGAGCUGGUCCCUUCCGUUGAAUUGCCUUCGACACAUCACAUCAUCCACGGACAGGCAAACAAUCUUCCUAGCGCGUAUUCAGCGCACUCCGGACAUCAGCCAUUCCAAGCACCAGCACCAGCACCGUACGGGCAUAUUCCUCCGCAAAGGGCUGUUUAUCAACGAAACAGCUCACCUGCGACCCUGAUCAAUCACAACCAGCUCGUAUCGGUUAUUCGUUCGAUUGAGCUGUACGAGAACGGGCUGUGUACUCUGCCGACCGGAGCCACCGGCAAAUGUCUGCACUACACGCGCUGUCCUUCGAUGUACUGGAAUAGCCAAACUGUGGACAUAUUUUUUCGCUUAAACUUGAUUCCUUUCUGCAAUCGCGAGCGGCAAACAGUGUGCUGUCAGGCAUGAGCAAACUUACCAGCUGCGAUAGGUGUGUAAACUUGCGCCUUUAAAAACACAGAGUCGUAAUAAAAUGUAUUUAUUUGUAAAGUGUAAUGUAAACAUCAAACAAGCGUUGUUUGCUUUUUUAAUGAGUGUUACACUGGACGACAAUUAUACCCUGUCGAUUGGAUCCCAUUCCCACAACGUUCCCAUUCCGGCCGAAGCACACCGAUAAAUCGUUCCCUUUCACUAUCCCAUUUGCAACCCUAUUAACCCAGUGAGUGAUUUUCUUCAUCUUCUCGAUCGACAUUCGUGAGCAGGCAAUAUCACGUCCAAUCGCUACCCAACACCGUUACACAGUCCGAACUGGCGGGAACAGAUUACUGUCGAUUAUUGGCUUUUGAUUACGCUCGUAAAUUAAAUAAUCACCAAGCAGAAGCCCACUGUACGCUUGUCUUCGCCAGCAUGUUGUAUGCAUCAUCACAAUUGUAACAUUGCGCAAGAGGGUAAGGGACCAGUGGAUGAUAUUCAUGUUUCUCCAAUUUUCUUUCAGACAGUUCCCAGAAAGUUUCCCAAUCGCUUCUAGUACUAAAGAAGAACACGUUCUUUGAGGGAAAUAUGAAAUGGCUCUACUAGGUUGCAAAGGCUUAUGGCACUAUGAUACUAAGAAGUAAGAAAUCCUUAUAAUGUGAAACGAUGAGAACAUUUGUUCCUCAUUGCCAACUAUACGAAACGCUUAUCAGGAACCAUAAAUGCAAACUACACCUUCAAAUAAUCUCCAUUUCGUACGGCUUGUUACUUUUUGGAGCAGCAAAUCGAGUAAAUCACUCACAUUUCAUCC